AUUUCAUCAAACCUGGCAACCCGAUAACAGCAGCGUCUUCUGGUGUCCUCACUGCUUUCGCUUUCCUAGCAGAUGAUUGACGCGAGUGAGACGCAGUAAAACUAUCUCCGGGACAACUUGACAUCACUUGACAAGAAGAUGUCCAAUCAAUCCAAUGGCGACACAUUCCCAGGACACGGAAGAGAGUUCAGUAACGCUGAAAAGAGCCAUGACAGAAUAUACAUGGACUACAAUGCUACGACGCCGGUGGGACCUGAAGUGAUCCAGGCCACAUACGAGGCCAUGCGGGACGCCUGGGGAAACCCGAGCAGCAGCUAUGUUGCAGGCAAGAAAGCGCAGGCCAUCAUUAGUCAAUCUAGGGAGAACGUGGCGAGAAUGGUCGGAAGCAACUCUGAGGACAUCGUUUUCACUUCGGGUGGAACUGAGGCCAACAACAUGGUGCUGCACACCGCCAUUGAGCAUUUCCGGUGCCACCAUUGUGGUGGCAGAGAGGGAGGUGCUGGAAUCCUUCCGCACAUCAUUACCUCCAAUGUGGAGCACGACUCUGUUAAACUGGUGGCCGAGCACCUGAAGAAGGAAGGGAAAGCAGAGUUGACCUUUGUGCCGGUUUCCAAGGAGACGGGUCGCGUGGAGGCUGACGAUGUGGUUGCAGCCCUGCGCCCCAAUACCUGCCUGGUGUCCAUCAUGCUGGCCAACAAUGAGACGGGCAUCAUCGUGCCCAUCCGCGAGAUCUCGCAGCGCAUCCGGUCAGUGAAGCAACAGGACGAGCGUGUGCGUGUCCUCAUCCACACGGACGCCGCUCAAGCCCUGGGGAAGAUCCCAGUGGACGUCAAGGACCUGGGUGUUGAUUUCCUCACCAUUGUGGGUCACAAGUUUUACGGGCCCCGCAUCGGUGCGCUGUUUGUAAACGGCCUCGGGGUGAAAACGCCACUCUUUCCCAUGCUGUUUGGCGGCGGGCAGGAGAGGAACUUUCGACCUGGCACAGAAAACACACCAAUGAUUGCUGGAUUGGGAAAGGCUGCCGAAUUGGUGACAGCUCGCCUCUCAGACGACGAGACUCACAUGCUGGAUGUAAGGGAGUACCUGGAGGAACGCCUCAAGGUCGCUUUCAAAGACAAGCUGCACUUCAACAGCCAUUUCCACGGUUCCGAUCGUCUGCCUAACACUUGCAACGUGUCCAUCCUGGGCCCGAGCUUACAAGGCUGGCGAGUUUUGUCCCACUGCGAGAAGCUGCUGGCCAGUGUGGGCGCCGCCUGCCACUCGGACCACGGAGACAGGCCUUCCCCCAUCCUCUUGAGCUGCGGCGUGGCCCCCGAGGUGGCGUCCAACGCCCUGCGGCUGAGCGUGGGCCGCAGGACCAGCAGAGAGGACGUGGACGUUGUCGUGGAAGACCUCCUGGAGGCCGUCAAGCGACUGGAGCGCAGCCAAUAAAGCCUCGUGAUCACAGGCAGGCAAUCCGCAAUGACUCUUAUCCGAGAAAUUCUGAAUCAGCUCUAUAGAAAUCAAAAUCGUUUUAUUUAAAUGGAAUAACAAGUUGUUCAAUAAAUACUGUGCAAUAAAACA